AUGGAGAAGUUGGAAGCUAAUGGACUCCAUGAUCCCUCAGAUAAUCUAAAGAAGAUUGAUUCAGCUGGUACCCUUUUCUUCUCUCAGCUUCUUUUGCAUGCCAAGGAAGCAAAUGAUUCUCCAAUUGAAGAAGUGAGAUUGACAGUUCCAAUCACAGAUGAUCCAAAUUCAAUGCUGACAUUUCGGACAUGGGUUCUCGGAAUCAUUUCUUGCAGUUUAUUAGCAUUUGUGAACCAAUUCUUCGGUUAUCGACAAAAUCUUCUGUAUGUAUCAUCUGUUUCAGCUCAGAUUCUGGUUCUUCCAGCAGGAAAACUAAUGGCAGCAUCUUUACCGAAUAAACUCAUUCGGAUUCCGGGAACCAAGUGGUCGUUUUCGCUAAAUUCGGGUCCUUUCAACUUGAAAGAACAUGCUCUUAUCACCAUAUUUGCCAAUGCUGGUUCAAGCAGUGUUUAUGCUGUGAACAUAAUUACUAUUGUCAAGGCAUUCUAUCAUGGGGCAAUCCAUCCUUUAGUAGCAUUGUUGCUGACACAUACAACUCAGAUGCUUGGCUAUGGAUGGGCUGGGAUUUUUAGAAAGUUUUUAGUUGAAUCACCCUACAUGUGGUGGCCUUCUAAUCUAGUUCAAGUCUCCCUAGUCAGGGCACUCCAUGAGAAGGAAGAACGGCCUAAAGGAGGUCUAACAAGGCUGCAAUUCUUUAUUCUAGUACUGAUAAGUAGUUUCUCAUACUAUAUUGUCCCAAACUAUUUGUUUCCAUCCAUAAGUGCCUUGUCCUUUGCCUGUUGGAUAUGGCAAGACUCUGUGACAGCCCAAAUAAUUGGUUCUGGCACUCAUGGUCUCGGAAUUGGCUCGUUUGCACUUGACUGGUCGACAGUGGCUGGCUUCUUAGGUUCUCCUUUAGCCACCCCUGCAUUUGCCAUCGUAAACGUACUAGCUGGAUUUGUCAUAGUAGUCUACAUAUUACUCCCCAUAGCUUAUUGGACCAAUUCAUACAAUGCCAGGAGGUUUCCCAUUCUUUCAGCACAUGUCUUUGACGCUAAUGGCCAACCAUACAAUGUUUCUCGAGUCCUGAAUAGGGAAACCUUCGUGUUCAAUCAACAAGGCUAUGAUAACUACAGCAAAAUCAAUCUCAGUAUCUUUUUCGUGUACGUUUAUGGUCUAAGUUUCGCUGUCUUGGCUGCUACAGUGUCACAUGUUGUACUCUUCCAUGGGAGAUCGAUUUGGCAGCAGACAAAAGCAGCCAUGAGCAAUAAAUUUGAUGACGUUCAUGCCAGGUUGAUGAAGAAAAACUAUGAAGCUGUUCCUCAAUGGUGGUUCCUUACAAUCUUGAUACUAGUGACAGGACUUGCCAUUCUUGCCUGUGAAGGCUUUGGCAAGCAACUUCAACUCCCUUACUGGGGAGUCCUACUAGCAAUAGGCUUAGCCUUCUUUUUCACUCUCCCAGUUGGUGUUAUUGCAGCUACGACGAACGCGACACCCGGAUUAAAUGUCAUCACUGAACUAAUUAUCGGUUACAUGUAUCCCGGGAAGCCUUAUGCGAAUGUUGCUUUUAAGACCUAUGGCUAUGUAAGCAUGUCACAGGCAUUGAUGUUUCUGUCAGACUUCAAGCUUGGACAUUACAUGAAAAUUCCUCCAAAAUCAAUGUUUCUUGUUCAGUUAGUAGGAACGGUGAUUGCAUCUUCAGUCUACUUUGGCACAUCAUGGUGGCUUCUCACAACAAUCGAAUACAUCUGUGAUCCGGAUAAAUUACCGCCUGGAAGUGCAUGGACAUGUCCGGGAGAUGAUGUUUUCUACAACGCCUCGAUCAUCUGGGGUGUGGUUGGACCGAAACGAAUGUUUGGUCCUCUUGGAUUGUACUCAAAGAUGAACUACUUUUUCCUAAUUGGUAUUCUGGCACCAGUUCCUAUCUGGGUGCUUUUGCGCAUAUUUCCCAAGCAAAAAUGGCUAAGACUCGUUAACAUGCCAGUCAUUUUAGGAGGUGCACUGGCCUUGCCAGCAGCCAGAACUGUGAAUUACAUCUGCUGGGGGACUGUGGGACUUCUAUUCAACUUAUUUGUGUAUAGGAGAUAUAAAGCAUGGUGGGCUAGACAUAAUUACAUUCUAUCAGCUGGGUUGGAUGCUGGGGUUGCUUUCAUGGCUAUUCUCUGCUAUUUCACUCUUCAAAUUAAGAACAUCAAUGGACCUGGCUGGUGGGGUUUGGAUUUGGAUCAUUGCCCUCUUGCACGUUGCCCCACAGCUCCUGGUAUAGCGGUUGAUGGGUGUCCUGUUUUUCAUUAACACGAUCACAUAAUAACCAUAUCUAUAAUCAAGUCUCCGGCGAGGGGGACAGCUAUACAUUGAGCAAAUUAAAAACUUCAGGGUUCAAGUUUAUAUAUAUAUAUAUAUAUAGAUAGCUAAAUUUACUUCUCAAUAUAUAAGUUUCAUUGUCGUUCAAUGUGUAAGUUCUAUAAUGUAUUAGUCUUUGGCUAGGCUGAAGAUGAUCAUACAAUACUUCAAUCACUAAUAGCUUUCUAUACAGACAAUUGAACAUAUGUAAAUUUCGUAAUUACAAAACAAUGGGGCUUUAAUUUAGCCGGGAAUCCUCUACUUACAGAAGCAUAUACACAUGCAAACAUAUAUAACUAAACAGGCAGCAGGAUUAUACAUAAGAAUUUAUAUGGGUUAAGCUGAAAGUAGAAGAAGCAGAUAGAGCAAAGGCUGAACGAAGAGGGUAGACUUGGAGGAAGAAGAAGAAGAAGCAGCAGCAGCAACCCAUGAAGUAGCCGAGGCGCCAUUGUCAUCACCACCACCUUUAGCAGCGCCGCCACGACCACCACCC